GACCGGGGACGUGUCCCAGCCACGUGGACUCGCCUCUUAGGGGCGGGGCCGAGCGGGACUCGAGGCGGGGCCGCAGCUGGGGAGCCGGGAGCUGGAGCGGGGUCGGGCCGGGCGCGGAGCCGCUGCGGAGCCGGCGGGAUGCAGGCUGUCCCCAGCUGUGGUCUCAGGAUGAGGAGCUUGCUGCUAGUGUCUCUGCUGCUGGCCGGGACUCCUGGCUGGGCCGCGCCCAAGGACAGGUCUGAGGGCCCUGCUGCGGAGCCUGUUCCCAACCUCCUGCACCCCGAGCCGGAGGAGCUGCGGCUGCUGCAGCGCUACCUGCGGAGCGUCCGGCGGAUGGCACAGGACCCCGCUCACAUGACGAGGGAGCAGGUGCUCCUCUACCUCUUCGCGCUGCACGACUACGACCGGAGUGGGCAGCUGGACGGGCUGGAGUUCAUGCAGCUGCUGAUGGAGGUGGUAUCCCAGCACGCCCAGGGGCAGCCUUCACCCGACACGGUGAUCGUGGUGGUCGAUGGGAUCCUGGAGACUCAGGACCUGAACGGGGAUGGGUUACUGAACCCCUCGGAGCUCCUGCUGCCCCCGGCCCAGAGCCAGCCGCCCCUGCCAGCCCAGACUGCUGCCCCCGCCGGGGAAGGGGUUGUGCAGUGGGCACCUGAGGAGCCGGAGCAACCUGCCACGGGCCUGGAGCUGCCAGGCCCCCAGGGAGCAGCAGACCCCGGCGGGGAGCUCCCAGAGGCAGCGGGGCCCGUAGCAGAGCAGCCGGGGGCUGAGAGCCGGACGGGGCCAGAGGCGGCUCAGCCUGAAGAGGAGGCUGCCGGGGAGGCUCCAGGGGCCCAGGCCGGGGCCCCAAUCCGGAGCUCCAGGCCCCCAGCCUAG